AGUACCUGUUUAGUUUAUCUUGAUAAAAAAAUUAGAAAUUAAAGCUAUUGUUUGGAGUGGCCAAAAGCCAGGGAAUAGAGAAAAGUAUUUAAGUAUUCGUACACAUAUCUUUGUUGAAAUGCAAAUGGAAGGGUUAUUUAUAUUCUUUGGUUGAUAUUUUAUUCAAGAGUGCUAGCCAUGGUCCUCCAUAUAAGGACCUUCUUGGUCCUUCUCCUAGGUCAUCUCACAAAGCCUUGUUCUUCUCUUUCUCUCAAUUACUCAUCAUAUUCCCCUCUUUCUAUAUCUAUACUGAUAUCAUGGAGAACAAAGCCCUCUCUAGGCUUCUUGUUAUUCUUCUGAUUCUUUCAUGUGUUGUAUUUGCUGCUGCAGUUCCUGCAACAAGAAGCACUAUGAUUGAGAAAAAGAAUCCUUUAGUGCAAGAUCAUCUGGCUAAGGUGGAUCCAGUUAUGGGGUUAAGUUAUAGCGAGGAUGACAUGAAGGAAGAGAUUGCUGAGAGCAGAAUGCUGAGGGAUAUAGUGGACUACCCUGGAACAAGACCAAAUCCAGCUCAUGAUCCAAAAUCUCCUGGAAAACCUUAACUUAAUCCUGGAAAUCAGGGUUCUUAUUAGAUAUUUAGUUAGAUAGAAUAUGGUUUGGGUUUGUCCUGGCUUGCAAUCUUCAAAAUGUGUUUGUCUGUAUGAAAAGUCUCUGAUGUAAGAUCCAUCCUAGUUAAUUAAGCUGUGGUUUUAGCUCAUAAGAGCUUUGGUAUUCCACAUAUAUAUAAGUCAAAAGGUUUGUUGUAAGAUAUAUGAAAAGGUCUAAGAGUUAAAUCUAGAGGCUUUUGUAACCUUGAUUUCUACUGAAAUGUGAAGAAACUGAUUAUGUUUAG